UGUCCAAUCGUAGAAAGAACAUAAAAAAACUAGUGAGUUCGUUUAUCCAAUCAGGAGUCGACCGGAAAUGAAAGAAGGAUCUCUUGGAGUCAACGUGGUUAGUACUAGAUUCCAUUCACGUGGAUACAGAAGAUGUCUGAAGAUGCGGAGAGAGAUGCAGACAGUGGAGAUCAGGAGGCCACAGAGGCCAACAAGAAAAGUAGGCCCUGGGCGAGGAAAAGGGGCUUGGCUGUUGAAGGCCUCUUGCAGCCGGUGAAGAUCAGCAAGGCGACCCUUUACAAGCCCCCCACCAGUGAAGAACUGAGCCGGCUGAAGGAGACGGAGAACCUCUUCCAUUCCAAUCUCUUGCGCUUGCAGGUCGAGGAGCUUCUGAAAGAGGUGACGCUGAAGGAGAGCAGGAAGCAGAAAAUUGACAGCUUCUUGCACCAAAUUAAUGCACUGCUGGCCGGCAUCCCAGAGACUCCUGAAGCUGAGAUUAUGGACCAGUCCUGGCUCCCGAAGGAUGUAAAGGUGCCCUUGGUCCAGGUCCCCUUCUGUGUGAAGGGCCGUUUCCGCUUCCUGCCUCCUGUGUCGGUGAAAGUCAUGGGGAGUUAUCUUCUGGGUACUUGCAUCAAACCUGCAGUCAACGUAGAUGUAGCCCUCACCAUGCCCAGGGAGAUCUUCCAAGACAAGGACAAUCCUCAACUUCAGCUACCACCGGAAGCUUGUGCCCUCAUUUUGGCCCACACGCCACCAAUUGGUUACAAGGAACAGGGCCUGGGGAGUGUGAUGUUUGCCUAUGCCAAUGGGAACCAUCUGAAGCCUGUGGUACUGCUGCAUCCCCACGGGAAAGACGCCAAGACGGCGACCAUCCGUCUCUACGCCUGCCCUCCCCAAGGCCUUUUCAAGCCCAGCCGUCUGCAUCCUGACAAGAACAAUGUCCGCACCACCUGGUUCACAGGGAAAGGCUCACCUGUGGCAGGGCAAUGUGGCACUCAGCAAGACCUUUCUAGAUGCCUUCCCUUGAGACUGAUCCAGAAACUGAAACUGGUCCAGAAUGCGGUGGCACGACUUCUGGUGGGCGGCUCGAGCCCAUAUCACCCUGGUGUUGCGUUGCCUACACUGGCUUCCAGUGGAAUUUCAGAUUGUUUUCAAGGUGUUGGUGUUAACCUUUAAGGCCCU